CGCAGCUCGUGCUUCUCCCAACCAUCCUCACUGUCUGUGGUGCGUUGUCUUGCGUAAAGCACACACUACUUAUCUGUCCAUCAGCCCAUCUAUGUCCUCGCGCCGACAUGUUCUCCUUGGUUAACAUUGCUGCCUAGCGCCGGCGCAGGCGUGAGCGCGCCACCUUUGCCACCUCUUACGUAAAGCCUACAUUAGGAUCUGCUUCGGUACCGGCCCAUAAGUCCAGCCCCAAGCGCAUUACCGUCGACUCAUCGGAGCGCUAUGCCACCCGUCAUUGCGUUUGCCUGGCCGGCCGCGUCGUAUCAUGCUGCUUGGCAAAAUUUUGCGCUCCGCCCAAUGUUGCUCUUUGGGUGGCCUUUACAAUGCUCCCAGCGCACAUCCAGCCCAUCGUUCUGAUCGGGUGUCACCUGUUGCGUCAUUUCCCGGCCUGCCUCUGCCAACGAUAUCUCUCGCGCUGUGAGUGUUAGCCAUGCAAUGAGUGGAGCCUGUUCAAACCCGCCUAAGGUUGAAUCCCGUUGGGCUUGUCCCCUGCGAUCAAUUUGUACGCCUCAUUCAACCUCGCAACGCAGGGCCACAGGGAGGGUUCCAUUGUGUAGCUUUGUGGGGACCAGUAGCCGGACUUGUGUCGAGGAUCAGAGUUGCCUCCCUUUCUCAGUCAGUGCAGGGCCGUUCUUAAAUUUCUGUCGCGUUGGAGAUGGUGUUCCUCUGCAGAGAAAGCGUCUACAACGUCGGCGGGCUCAAGAGUCCCUGUGCUUGUCAGUCGUCAAUGCAUCCAGUCAUCUCCGCGAUACAGUCUCACAUGUGAGCCUCGCUUUUGUCAAAGCGAGGCAGCGCGCGCGGCCCAUUGCGGUAGCUCUUCGGUUUGCAUUGCUCAGAGGGGCUGAGAGAGAUGUGAAUUUUGCUGUCCGGCCUUGCGUCUCUGGCAGCUCCCUCGUCUCCGACGUGGAGUAGGACGUCAUAGUCGUGCCUUGAUCAAUCGUGUCUUUGGUGGCUCUACGCCAGCCUCGCAGGCUAGGUUGUGUGUGCUAGCGCACAGUGUCCCAAUGAGAGGUUGACUUGCACCAGGUCGUGAUGCCGCUGGAGAGCUCGCCCUGUUGAGAGAAAUGACAGCGCGCAGACAUAUCUUGGCCAUUACUGCUUGUGGCCGCUCGAGAGCUUCACUGAUCUGUGUGCAUUGAAAGGAUAAGUCCAUCAUGGCAACAGGACGUGGGCAUUG